CUAUUAUCCAGUUUGACGUUUAUCAUUCAUUGAUGAGGUGGUGUUUAUUUUAAAAAGUCCUGAUUUGCCGGUUAAUAAUUGAAAGUGUGAGCAAUUAAUUAUGUUACAGUGUUUUGAAUAAUGCUUCGGUAUUAAGGUACUAAAAAAAGCCAGGUGUAAUGAUCCAAGCUUAAAUGUAAAGUUCGUGUAAUAUAAAACAUGUAAAGUGACGCGGGAACUUUGUACCCAUUUAGUUUCGUAUAUAAGUGAAAUGGAUUUGGAAGAGAAAGACUGGAAAAAGAAAUUGGGAUUCCCAAUUAAUUAUGAUUCAGGGCAGAGCUCAGAGGAGGAUACUGACUCGAAGGACGUCGUGAUGAGACACCCGAGGCAAUCCUCAAGGUACCUGCUGGAGGAGAAUGGGGACGGGACGGAAGCGGACCUGCUCGGUACGACACCGCCUCGAGCUCGCAUCAGGGAUAAGGAGAAGCGAAGGAACGUAUUCGAAGCUGGUUUAAGUGUACAGAAAACGCUGGUGGAAGGCAGGAACUUCAACGACAUGUCUUCACCUUCCCCACCAGAACGUCUUAAGAAACGCUCUAGUCUGAAGCUCAUCAGAACCAAGGAACGGGACUGGAAGGAUGGCCAACGGGAAUCCAGGGCAGAUUCGCUCCCAUCACCCAAUCCUCAGGCUGCUGUGCCAACUUUGGUGGAGUCCUGUAGCCGCUUCAUGUCGCUGACCUCUCGUCUCAAGUGUCGAGCUGCUUACGAGAACGAGAUCCAAGAGAGGUGCUCGGAUGAAGAGCUGCCAGCUAGCAGGGUCAACUUCCACAAUACGUUCAGCAUGCUCAUUAACAUGGGGAAUAUUGAGAAGGGUUGUCGACGUACAAUAAGUCGUGAGGAGCAGGUCUGGCAGAACGAGCUGAAGGAUCUCAUCUGGUUAGAAUUAAAAGCGAAGCUUGCCGGCCGGACGCUCAGCCAGCAAGACGCAUAUCUUUGCGCGCAGAGAAACAUUAUUCCCUCCGUCGUGCAGAGAAUUCUGGAGUACAAAUUCGUAAAUCCAGACCCGUGUAGGAAUACUUCGCAGAAGUUCGCCGUAGACGACUCCGACGAGGAACAGCCCGAGCGAGCGGAAGACACGGCCGGCGACGAUGACGGCGAAGGCGCGGGCGCGGGUCGCGCGUGGGCGGGCUGCGCGGCGGUGGCGUGCGGGCGCUGCGCGCGCGCGGUGGGCGCGGCCAUGCGCGACGUGGCGGCGCUGCUGGACGCGCACGCGGCGGCGCUGGCGCUGUACCCGUCGGGCGCCGCCGCCGCCGCCGACCACCCCGCGCUGGGCGGCGCCGCGCUGGCGCACCGCCUGCGCGCGCUGUGCCUGUGGUACAGCACGGCGCUGCACAUGCGCCUCAAGGUGCUGUCCGUGCGCCGCAUGCUGCGCACCGCGCAGGGGAAGGCGCGCGCGCUCGCGGCCGGCAGAAAAUCGUCGGUGACCAGGUCGCCCGGUCAAGUUCGUUUUAAUGUCAGCAACAACACGAGCGACUCCAACAACAGCGACACGAGCGGCCACUCGGAAGGCAAGGAACCGGGAACGGAGGAGAGGAGAGAUGGUGACGUCCAAACGUUGGACUCGAAUAAUUUAGAAAAUGUGAGUUCAGACAAAGGGGAGGAAGAGAAAGUGGAAUCGAAGACGGACCUAGACGUCGAACCCAAGGGUCUCGAUGUUCCUGACGGUGGCGCGCCGGCGGCCGGCCCGUACAGCAGCGCGGAGAGCGGCUACACGUCGGAGGCCGAGCGCGCCGCGCCGCCCGACGUGUUCGAGCUGGGCCCGCUGGGGGACGUCGCCCGCCUGCGACUGCUCGGCCGCUCCGCCGUGUCCGCCUACCGCGAUUACCACCACGAGAUGUUGAAGACGCAAGGAGUGCGUCGCUGCCUGAUGUUUAUGAAUAAGAUGUGCAGCAAGCUACUCAACAAAGUGUACCUCACGCUGCUGGAGCCGCAGGCAGAUUCUGGUGAAGAAGAUAUGUCAGAAGUUUUUGAAGAUACCAAAGAAACAGAACAAAAGGCUGAUGUGAAUCAGGACGCUAUCAACGAGUAUGAACUUCGCAGAUACGGUUGCUGGAGUAAGGAGACUCUGGCCAUGCGUCUGCCCUCCUACCGCAAUCAUUUCCUACUGUUGACGAGCAUCAGCAUGGAAGCAGUACACGACUACCUCUCGCUGAGGAUGGAGAGCAGACCUGAAAACCCCUCCUGUCUCACCAUCAAACAGUUGAUCCACGAGCUGAAAGAGGGGCUGGACAUAUCCGCGGAGGUGCGCGCGUCGUUCGCCCGCAACGUGCAGGCGGCGCUGGGGGGCGACAUGCCGGGCGCGCUGCGGCAGCUGCUGCACACGUACGACGGCACCGUAGCCACCGCGCUGCAGCAGUACCUGUCGUACCUGCGCAUCAUGUCGGAGAAGGAGUCGCUGAGCCGCGCGCAGCUGGCGGGCGAGUGGGCCUUCACGCAGCGCCUGGCCGCGCGCGCGCCGCCGGCCGCCGCGCUCGCGCCCGCCGCUUUCGCAGAUAUGGCGUGUAAUCAACUCAACAGGGUGCUCAACCGAUUCGAGGAGCAGUUUGCAGAAGUAAUGGAACUCGAGAAGAGCGACCCGUCCGACCUGGACGACCAAAGGUACCUGGUGUACACGCUGUGCCGCCAGACGCAGUGCAUCUACGCGGGCUCGCGCGACGCGGCGCUGCAGGCCGCGCACUGGGCGCGCGCGCUGGCCGCCCGCCUGGCGCCGCCGCUGCGCGCCGACAUCUUCAACAGCCUGAUGGCGAUCCGCGACUGCCUGGUGCGGCACACGGCGGUGAUCCUGAAGAGCAGUCGCUCGGCGCUGCUGUCGACCGAGCUGCCGCGCGACCUGCGCGACAGCCUGGGCGCGCGCGUGCGGGAGCUGCUGCUGCAGGUCUACAAGCUGGGCUUCGAGCUGCACACCGAGUUGCACAAAUUCGCGCAGGCCCCCUUCAAGGACCAGCUCGAGCGGCGCGUGCGUCGUCAGCGCCCCUCCUCCCUCCAGCCCUCCCGCCCCCAAACCCCUCGCCUGCGGAGGAAACGGCCGGAGACUAUGCUCAUCCACGAGUCCAUCAACCCGAUUCACAAGGAACUACACCGGUUCGUGAACAGCUCGUCUCCGCGGCCGGCAUUUCCGCGCCCCAGCGCGACGGGGUCGCCGCGGAGGAUGAAGUUUCUGCGGUCCGAGAGCAUAGGCGAGGAGGUGGAACCGAGCGCGCUCGACGAGAGCGGCUUCGACGUGACCGGGGCGGCGGCGGAGGCGGAGGCGGAGGCGGCGGCGAGCGCGGAGGCGUGCGCGGGGCGGGCGGCGCGCGCCGUGGUGCAGUUCGCGCGCUGCUGGAUGUCGUUCGUGGUGGAGCGCUGCGAGCGCGGCCGGGGGCUGCGGCCGCGAUGGGCGAGCCAAGGAUUGGAAUUUUUAAUGUUGGCCUGCGAUCCGUACAAUACGAAACAUUUAAGCGACGAGGAGUUCGAGGAGCUGAAGCAGCAGAUGGACGGCUGCAUCUCGCACGUGGUGGGGUCGCGCGCCGCCGCCGCCAGCCAGCCCGCCGCGCCGCUGCGCCAGCGGCACCGCGUACACAGUCCUCUAUCGAGCACGAGCAGUACGAACAGCAAGGAGGGCGCGACCCCACCGACACCCCCCAGCGAGAUCGACGCCCCACUCAUAUUGCACAGUCUUGACGAUGCCGCUCACAGAAAACGCAUCGUGGAAGCCUUACGUCAGCUGGACGAGUGUCGCGACGCGAAACUGCAGUCAUCGAGAGCGGUCGGCAGGGUGUUGGAGUCGACCGUCAAGAGCUACGAGCCGAAGCUGAGGCAGUUGACCUUCAAGUGGCAGAGGGGGCUGAAGAUCGGCGCCGGCACCUUCGGCAAGGUGUACACGGUGGUGAACACGCAGAGCGGCCAGCUGCUGGCCAUGAAGGAGCUGAGCGUGGCGGCGGGCGACCGUCGCGCGCUGCAGCGAGCCGCCAACGAGCUGCGCGUGCUGGAGGGCGUGCUGCACCCGCACCUCGUGCGCUACUACGGCUGCGAGCUGCACCGGGAGGAGAUGCUGCUGUUCAUGGAGCUGUGCGUGGAGGGCUCGCUGGAGACGCUGGUGGCGGCGUCGGGCGCGCUGGCCGAGCCCACCGCGCGGCGCUACAGCAAGCAGCUGCUGAGCGCCGUCGCCGAGCUGCACGCGCGCUCCAUCGCGCACCGCGACAUCAAGAGCGGCAACAUCUUCCUCACCAACGACGGGCACUGCCUGAAGCUGGGCGACUUCGGCUGCGCCGUGAAGAUCCGCGCCAACACCACCGCGCCCGGCGAGCUGCAGGGGUUCGUGGGCACGCAGGCGUACAUGGCGCCCGAAGUGUUCAUGAAGUCGUCCGGACACGGUCGCGCCGCUGACAUCUGGUCGUUGGGUUGUGUCGUCACGGAAAUGGCGUCUGGAAAGCGACCAUUCUCCGAAUACGAUAGCAACUAUCAGAUAAUGUUCGUGGUGGGGAUGGGAGGCCGUCCGCAUAUACCGGAGACCCUGUCGGAGGAGGGCCAGCAGUUCUGCCUCAGCUGCCUCACUCACGACCCCGACCUGCGUCCGCGAGCUGAAGCCUUGAGUCUUCACCACUUCUUGAUGGUGAAGUCCGAUGACGACUGUAAAUGUGAAAAUGCAUUCCUUAUCACGUAAUGCAUUUAAUAUCUCCUUUAUUUAAUCAAGAAAUAAACAUUGCGUCAUAUUUUCAUGAGCAAGAUUUAUCUAUUUUAAAAAUGUUUAAAUUCAAUUUCUGUAUUUCCAACUUUGGUAACAGAUAGGUAGGUAAUAGCUAUAUAACAAAAUGUACAAUCAAAUUCUGCCUUUAAGCGUGUAAUAUUUUUAAUACAAUGAAGUUGAAAAUUGCUUUAUAUUGUAGAGUUAUAAAUGUGUGGAAAAUUUGAAUUUAGAAGAUAAAAUUUGAAUAAAAUUGUAUAAAAAGAUAAAUUUUAUAUUAAAAAUUAUAUUUUUAUAUUGAACAAUAAAUAUUUAUUAAAUUCAUUCGUGUGCUCAAAGAUGCGUUGUCAAGUUUAUAAAUAUAAUCAGAUAUGUCUAUAUUUUUAUGCAAAGAUGUUAGUGAUCUCAUUUUGAGACAUACAAUUAAAAAUUUUUAAUAAAAAAUGCAUUUACUAUUGCAGCUACGAAUGGCAGUUUUAUAAACAAUAUAUAUCAAUUGUAGAAUAAUAUAAAUCAAGUCUUGUGCCAUUGUCAAUUAAAUUAAAU